AUGAUAAAAGUACAUCAACCUAGAUUAAAAGAGGUUAACAUUGCCAAUUACAUGAAAAACAGAACGAAGAACUCAAGAAAUAUUAUCGACGAGGUACUGGAUGGUGAGAUGUCAGAGGGCGCGCUGAUUGCGUUAUUAUCCGACAACACGGGCAUGUUUACAGAGAAGAGCCGUUUCAACGACGCCGACUCCUCUGAUCUCACCGAACCGCCCGCUAUCAAAGUCAGACGACAUCAAUUAACAGAAUCGGGCGGCUUAUGUGCCUUUUAA